AUGGGCUCCACGGAGAUCUGGAUUACGUCCGCUCUUGAGACGUGCCUCUCCGCCUAUAGUCGAGGCCUGACUGACUCAUAUCAAUGUGAAGAUGACGGUAGCAACCUUCGAUUCUCCAUCCCUGCUCAGUACUCUGCUUUGAUAUACAACUGGUCGGAGCAGGCAAAAUGGCCCCGCCUAACCUUGACCGAUUCGAAAACACAAAUCGAGGCGAUUCUGACAAAGGAGGCGUUAAAGGAAUACAAGAAAACAUCUCCGGAUCAUCCUUUGAGCGGGGACGUGGCCCGGGGCUACUAUAUUCAACUGCUGGACUUUCAGGUAGUCCUGGAGUAUUCCACGGCUGAGCCGAAAGUUCACCUCUACGUUCAACGUUUUGAGAUUGACUGGCACCGGGGCAAAAUCAAAUCGGCUCCACAGGGCAGGUUUGUUUCUAAAAAUCAGUCUGUGAAGAGGUUGAUGCAACAUGUCUUCAAAAAGGCCAAAGGCCCUGAGCCGCGAGAGGUACAUAGUGAGCGGUUCGAUGACUCGUUCGGGUCGCAAGCCUACCAAGGCACUGUCUCGCAGGACGUUCUUAUGUCUCAAAUACCUUCCAUUGCCCCUGCUACAAGCCCAGUCGCACGGCUUUCGUCAAUAAGCACUUCUAGAAUUGCCAAUAAAUUGCUGGAGGAUGCGGGAAUGCGAUUUACAAGAUCGGAUGAUCGGUCCCUGAAGCAUGUGAAAAAGGCUGCUCCCGAAUCAAGUAAUGACAAGGUGCAUGAACUAGGGACGAAGACUGCAGAAAAGCUUCGAAGUAGGCAACACAGCGCUGGGAUUACCAAUGCUCCCGAUUCCAUCACUGCUCGGCGAAACUCAGCCACUAGUGCCCGAGAAAUCCCAUGUUCCAAGAAGACAAGAAUUUCAGAGGCACCUAUCCCACGACUGAGCACUGAGCGCGAAGUGCCAGUCGAAGUCGUUAUUAAAGUACCUCUAGUGACGGAGUCCAAACAGCCUGUGGGGGAUUCAAAUUGUGUAACCACAGAAGAUGGGACAACGUAUCUUCCUCCUCAGGGAAUAGGUUCUGAUAAACCAUCAUUUGGGACUACGAAACCACGGGAAAAUAUGCGUGUCAACAAUACUGAUCCUUGGCAUGACAUGACAAGAAUUACAAUCAGGGAUGUACAGAUUCCAAAGGAGCAAGCCGAAUUUCUAGAACAGCAUAGACGCCGUUGGAUACCACCCUCUCCGGGGGAGAGCACUCCUCAGGGACAUGUGCCGCCCCGGCUCCUCGAUCAAUGGAACAAAAUCGCACUGCGAAGGAGUCGAAUUGCCCAGGAUAAGCAGUCUGUGGACGUGGCAGCCGAACCGCUUGAGACUAGUCGCCCCAGCCCAACACCUCUACUGGAUUCCGACUCGGAAGGCGAGCCUUUGACGUCACAAUGGUCGAGCUCACCGGAGCAAGUACCUCGUUCACGUCAAGUCUUGCCAGAAGAUAGUAGUCCAGUGCGUGUUAGGUCCCUUCGAAAGGGAACGGAGCUGCUUGACGGAAAGCAUGCUCAUCCAUCGGACGAACAGCCGCCGGGAAGAGCUAGCUUGGACACUGCUUACGGCAACCAAACUGGGCCGAUGCCAGAGGACCAAGAGGCUCACAUGGGUGCAACCUCCAACAGACAUGAUCAGCUUGUUAACCAUGAUGAUGCGUCCAAAUUGGAAGGCACUACUCAGAUUCCCGGCCGUCAGGAUGAGUCCGAUGCUGAAAGCGACGAUUCAGUGAUGGACACAUCUGUCCCAUGUCCACUUGGAGGUGAUAUACAGCAAUCCCAGGUUACUAGCCAGUCGGAACAGGAAAUUACGAGCUCCGGCCCAUCCCUGCCUGGGGCUUCUGUCCGUGGACAUGUGCAGGUGGUGGAGACGCCCGACAGCAAUCAUCGUCGCCACCGUUCUCCAGAUAUUGCUACGAAGGGUCCUAGAAUACAAGCCCAUCCUGAGCGGACGUCAUCUGAGGCAGCUAAGUCAUCGUCUCAAUCACGGAUUUUGAACACAAAUGCGAGUAGCGAUUCUAAAGGAGUCUCAUCGCAAGAUAUGGCCAAUGCUCAUCGAGUAGAUGGAGGGGCGGUUCCUCAUGACAUCGAUAUAAUUGGUACUCAAGUAAGCAUUGGCAGCUUGCCCACGCAUGAUACUACGCCAUAUACGACAUCUGAUGUGGUGAAUUCUUCUGCUUCAGGGGUCCAGGAGCCCAGCGUUUCCAUCAGUGUCCCGGGACAUCAGUCACAAACGUCGAAUCAGUUUUCUUCGUAUCGAGAAAUGCCUUCUUCGAUACCGUCCGAGGCCGAAGAGGAGGCUCCAGUGGAUACUAUGCAGACGUCAGCUAAACAUCCCACAAUCCAGCCUCCUAAGCGUCGUGCAUCCGAGAUGGGGCAUGAGGUGCUGUCCCCCGCAAAACGGCCUAAAGUUCAGCGAGAUCGUGAGUCCACCGAGAAGCCAGUGUUGAACGUCUUUGCUCGUCGACAGAGCUACAUCGGCCACUCUGCCGAAAACCUUGAGGCGCAAAAGGUCUAUGAGAAGUUCCGACGAGACUAUCCAAACUACCUAGGAGACUUCGAUCACUUUGUCAAAGUUUGCUCGAAGCUUCAUGCCGUCCGCUCCAAGGGCCACCUACAGCGAUCUUUCCUAUGGGAUGACUUUGUAAUCAAGAACCUCGAGGAAUACCCCCGAUAUCUUGAGAAGUGUCUUUCAGCGGAUACCAAAGCUCUGUUAUAUGAAGACUUUUUUACUUCCUCGUAUUCUAGACCUUUUCAUAAAAAGCGGAGCCUCACUGCACAUGGAAUCAAUAUCAGCGCGGCGCAGUAUGUCCCUGAUAAUCAGGAUCAUGCGCCUGAUACUGACGCUUUGGCCAACAAACCAGACACUUCCUUCACGGGAAGUCUGGUUGAGCGAUUCACUAACUUUCGCGCACAUUCGUUCGGGCCUGGGACCCAGGGCACUCAGUCCGAUACAGAUAUGGAUUACAUGUCGUGCCUUAUGUCGUCUCCUACACCUCAGGCAAAGAUCAAACAUGCCAGGGUUGAACCUGGAGGCAUAGCAGUAAUGAAGGAACCUAUGGAUGUGGACUCGAAACCGGAAUCAGACUCAGCCAGACAGGAAAUUGACCCCGAAUCGGAUAGUCAAGCAGUGGGCAAGCAACCUACAACGGUUGAGCCUGAACAGCCAUCGGCUUCUGCCUCUGCGAGCGAAAUUUACUACGAUGUCGAAGACCAAGCUGUGGACGAGCCAGCUAUGGGCGAAGAUGCUCCAUCGGUACAAUUAGAGCAGCACCUGCAGUCUACCUUGGAAGAAAGCGAACUUGACCUCCAUAUGACAGGAUCACAAUCACAUGCGGUGGAGGUGGAACAGCCCAGGCUUGGUUCCGCCGCAUGCGAAGUAGAUCGCGCGGGUUCCCCUGCUGCGCACCAAUCUCAGGCGGAAGAUUUAGAUCCUUGUGUCCCAGAAAGUCAGAAUGAGGAGACAUAUGCUACGGGCGAGCAACCUAUGGUCGACCUGGAAUCUAGCAUCCCAGAGAGUUCAUCAGGAAACAAAUUCCCAAGUCUGUAUGAGCAGUCUAGGGAUAUAGACCUGGACUCUAGUAUACCCGAAAAAUCCAUGAUCAUCCGAAAUUCAACCGAGCCUGACUUUGAGACCGAGUUCAGCGACGAAGAAAAGACCACGGCGCCAGAACUGCACCUUCACCCAAUAUCCCUUCCCCCAGAUAGCGAAGCCGGAUCCGACUACGAGGACGAAGAUGAAGACAUGAAUGACGAAACGCACGAAACGGCCAGCAUUGAGCUGGGGGAAGAUACGCAAGCAGACGCCCAACCAGCGCCUGACACCGAGUCAGACACUGAGAGCGUCAACGAGAACUGGUUCUUGUCCUUGCGACACCUCCGUCCCACGGGCCCGGUAUGGUCCGACGACCCUAACACGCCUUUUAAGCAAUGGGCCCGCGCAGACCAGGCCGUUCUCUCUGAACGUAACCGACGAGGCGGCGCAUACCUACCUAUAGACGAGAAGGGCGUCAUUCAGCGUCCUGGAUAUCGUGAUAACUAG